AGUUCUAGUUUCUAACUGGUACUAUUGGAAAGAUUCUAUUUUUCCUAUUCGAGACUUCAAGAUGGGUUUCCAGUCCUUACAUCCAGAUUGGUACAUUACACCAAAGCCAGUGCCUAGGGCUACAGGGCCAGAGCGCGAAAAGCAGUACCAACAACUUUACAGGAUAUGGUUGACCAUUAUACAG